GACACCAGAAAGGGUGAAGACGCUCUCACAGUAUUUUUAGAGACUUUGCGCAAGCCUCCCUCCCCCAGCCCGACCUGUUCUUCUAAAUGGGAGAUUAUGGAUUUGCAUUGCAAUUGGCUACUAGCACUGGAUUUUCGCAAGUGAAACACCCACCGGUUUCAGCGAGGGGCUUUAAUGGUCACUUUGCCAAUAACGCAUCUCUCUCUCUCUUUUUCCGUUUCAGCUGCGCAAACCAUGCAGGAUGAUUUACUGAUGGACAAAAGCAAAACCCAGCCCCAGCCCCAGCAACAGCGGCAGCAGCAGCAGCCCCAGCCCGAGCCCAGCGCAGCCGAAGCCGCGUCCACGCCCCUCUCCUCUGAGACCCCCAAGCCAGAGGACAGCAGCGCAGUGCCGGCCCUGAGUCCUGCCGCGGCCCCGCAGGCCCCGAACGGCCCGGACAAGAUGCAGAUGGAAUCGCCGCUCCUGCCGGGCUUGAGUUUCCAUCAGCCCCCUCAGCAGCCGCCGCCACCGCCGCCUCAGGAGCCCGCGGCACCCGGCGCGUCCCUGUCGCCUUCCUUCGGCAGUACUUGGUCCACGGGCACCACGAACGCGGUGGAGGACAGCUUCUUCCAGGGGAUCACCCCGGUCAACGGGACCAUGCUCUUCCAGAACUUCCCGCACCACGUCAACCCAGUCUUCGGAGGCACCUUCUCCCCGCAGAUCGGCCUGGCGCAGACCCAGCACCACCAGCAGCCGCCUCCGCCCGCACCGCAGCCCGCGCAGCCGGCGCAACCCCAGCAGGCGCAGCCCCCGCAGCAGCGCCGGUCGCCAGCCAGCCCGAGCCAGGCGCCCUAUGCGCAGAGGAGCGCCGCCGCGGCGUACGGCCACCAGCCCAUCAUGACCAGCAAGCCGUCCUCGUCUUCGGCCGCCGCCGCCGCUGCCGCCGCCGCCGCCGCCUCUUCGGCCUCGUCCAGCUGGAGCACGCACCAAAGCGUGAACGCCGCCUGGAGUGCGCCAUCCAACCCCUGGGGCGGCCUGCAGGCUGGCCGGGACCCUCGCCGGGCGGUCGGCGUGGGCGUGGGCGUGGGCGUCGGGGUGCCUUCCCCGCUCAACCCCAUCUCGCCGCUCAAAAAGCCCUUCUCCAGCAAUGUCAUCGCACCGCCCAAGUUCCCUCGCGCGGCCCCACUCACCUCCAAAUCCUGGAUGGAGGAUAACGCUUUCAGGACCGAUAAUGGUAACAAUCUGUUGCCAUUUCAGGACCGGAGUAGGCCCUAUGACACUUUUAACUUGCACUCCUUGGAGAACUCCUUAAUGGAUAUGAUAAGGACUGAUCAUGAGCCUCUGAAAGGUAAACACUACCCUCCCAGUGGCCCACCAAUGAGUUUCGCUGAUAUAAUGUGGAGGAAUCAUUUUGCAGGGCGCAUGGGAAUAAAUUUUCAUCAUCCAGGAACAGAUAAUAUUAUGGCACUUAACACCAGGAGCUAUGGGCGGAGACGAGGUCGGUCUUCGCUCUUUCCCUUUGAAGAUGCCUUCCUGGAAGACAGCCAUGGCGAUCAGGCAUUGUCAUCUGGCUUAAGUUCUCCCACUCGCUGUCAGAAUGGAGAACGAGUGGAGCGCUACUCUAGAAAAGUGUUUGUUGGAGGCCUUCCUCCUGAUAUUGACGAAGAUGAGAUCACUGCCAGCUUCCGCAGGUUUGGACCUCUUGUAGUGGACUGGCCUCACAAAGCUGAAAGCAAGUCAUAUUUUCCUCCUAAAGGCUAUGCCUUUCUGCUGUUCCAGGAGGAGAGCUCAGUACAAGCUUUGAUCGACGCAUGCCUAGAAGAAGAUGGGAAACUGUACCUGUGCGUGUCAAGCCCCACCAUCAAGGAUAAGCCAGUGCAAAUUCGACCAUGGAACCUAAGUGACAGUGACUUUGUAAUGGAUGGUUCUCAGCCUUUGGACCCCAGAAAAACUAUCUUUGUUGGGGGAGUUCCACGACCCCUUCGAGCUGUUGAACUGGCAAUGAUCAUGGACCGUUUAUAUGGUGGUGUCUGCUAUGCUGGCAUCGAUACAGACCCAGAGCUGAAGUACCCCAAAGGUGCUGGCCGUGUGGCGUUCUCCAAUCAGCAGAGUUACAUUGCAGCCAUCAGCGCGCGCUUUGUGCAGCUCCAACACAAUGACAUUGACAAACGGGUGGAAGUGAAGCCAUACGUGCUGGAUGACCAGAUGUGUGACGAGUGCCAGGGCACGCGCUGUGGGGGGAAGUUUGCCCCGUUCUUCUGUGCCAACGUCACCUGUCUGCAGUAUUACUGCGAGUACUGCUGGGCGAGCAUCCACUCCCGUGCCGGGCGGGAGUUCCACAAACCACUGGUGAAGGAGGGAGGCGACCGCCCUCGUCACGUCCCGUUCCGCUGGAGCUGAGCCCAGGGCCAAGCCAGCCACAAGUACUGGAGUAGAUAACAAGGAGGGAAAAGAGAGGGCACGGCCUCAGGGCUUACAGUGUUCUGGAAAUCUGUGCAUUCGUUCUCGAUUUUUAAAGAAGAAAUGGGUCUUUUUAUUAUUAUUAUUAUUAUUAAUUAUUAUUAUUAUUUACAGUCAUAUUACUGAACUCAGUGUCCAGUAUAAUGCAAAAUUGCAGAGUGUAUAACGGUACUGAUUUGCACUUUGGUUCAAAACUUUUGUCUGCUUGGUACCUUGAUUUCUUACACAUGAUCUGUCAGCCGUGACAGUGUGUAGUCUGCGCUCCCCAGCAGCGGCCAGCAGGUUGAUGUCUGGGACUCUUGUUUGUCGUUGUGUUGUUGUUCUGAUUGUUUCUAAACUGGAGCAUGCACUUAUUUUCAGAAACAUAGAGAGUUGACCCUAGGACGAGACUUACCAAAGGUAAUAUUCGUAAGUAGGUGGCAGAUGUAGCAAAAAUUUCACAACAAUUCAGCGGUUAUUAGUUGAGGUCAUUUAGAGUUAAGGAAAACCCUUCACGAAGACGAACCUUUAGUUGCUCUCUAUUUUGAUGUGUUAAGGAUACCUCAUAAGCUGGAUCUUUUUUUUUUUUCCUUCAUGUUUGAUUUUUGUUUUGCUGAGGAUUUUUGUUAGCUCUUUUAGUGUUAUGUAAAUUUAUGCUGCAAUAGCUUUUGCUGCUAUGAAAAUGGUAUUAUUAAUACCAUAAUACUCUAUUCAGGCUAAAGUAUCAAUUGGAACAAAAAACCCAACAACACACUUUUGUGAUUUAGGGAUACUGUCAGCUGCCAGAAAGAGAUCAGCAUAGACCUCAGGAAGCGUCAACGGAAGGUCACCAUCUCUGACUGCAUGUUUACUUAAUCAGGUUGCUGCAUGCAAUAAAUUUUAUAUCCAAUGUCUAGUAGAAAACCUUCCCACAAUGCACAAAUUAAGAAUCUAUAUAAGCUAUAAAAUACUCAUUUUUUAAGAGAUUUUUUUUUUCACUCAAAUAAUUGGUAAUUGAUUGGAGGAAGGCAUGCCUCGAUAAACGGAAUGCUUCGGGAUGGGAAGAGCCCAUAACCGAAUGACCUAUAUUACAACCAAUAUACAACCUAGGUGUAGGAUAUUUGUAAAGCAAAUUUGUGGAUGGUAGAUGAAGUACUUUGCGGUGCUCUGUUAUAUAUUGUGCAAUUUAUUUUAUAUAGUAAAGUGAUUAUGUCUAACUGUGAUCAAACUUACCUGUUUAAAGCCUCUGUGUCAGACAUUAACAAACUUGACAGUUCAUAACUGGUAUAUUAGUAAGUAACACAUGAGCUCUUAGUUCCAAUCUCCUAGUGCUCGCACCAUUUUCACAUUAGCUUCAGACCUUGUCCAAAAAAAAAACCAAAGAGCUCAUCUUAGCUUACAGACACUAAGAAUCUAUACAGUAUAUAGUGAUAAGUUGUCAGAUUGACAAACUAGGCACAUUUGUAAGAAAGUCGUGUGACAGUGAUGCUAAAGAAAUGUCUGCACUAAAGAAGAUGGCCUGGGCAGAGUUGGUUGUCUGGGUGAGAAGUUACUACUUAAUUCCCUGGAUUUAUCCUGUAAAGCUUGAAUAGAAUUAAGACCUGCUAUUACUUAUCGUGGACAUUUUUUUAGCAUUCACUCUUGGGCUGCAGAUAGUAAUAUAUAGAAAAACACACAGUGAUUGCUAGACUACGUAAGUCUUUUGUUUGUUUUUAAUCUUCUUCCUAUGUUUUGGAAUUCUGGGGACAAUCUGACUGGAUAUGACACUGCAGAAUAGACCUCAGUCGCUGUGUAACGUGCUGUGAUGUCCUUGUGCUGUCUUAAGUCAGUAUUGCGUGCUUCGAUUUUGCUUUCUCCAGUGUUGAGUUGCAAUUACUGGCUCUCAAGCUAGAGUUUGUUUUAAAAAAAAAAAUGAAAAACAAAGUAGUUUUUUACUGGAUUAAAAUCCUUAUUAGAAUCCCCCUCCCCCCUCCUUUGGAUGUUACCUCUGGGCUUUUUUUGGGUAAUAAUUGCUUUUUUUCCAGCCCAGGUAUGGUUUUGUUUGUUUGUCUCUCCUCUCUCUCUCUCUUUUUCCUAUGUUUGUGAUUUUCUUUUUCAUCUGUACAAGAAAUUUUGUCAUGCACUACUACUUUUUGUAUUCUAGAUAGUUUUCAAAAGUUGGCUAAAGUUUUUUUGUUUGUUUGUUUUUAAGGAAAAAGGCAUGCUUUCUGACUGACAUGAUCUUUUGCAAUACCUCAAUUUUGAAAUAUAGGAAAGAAAAUGAUAUUUUCUAAGUAAGUUUAUUCAGAAAAAAAUAUAUAUUAAUUUAAUUCUGCAAGAAAAUGAUUUAACAGAUGGGUAACUUUAUUUUUUUCAUGCUUAUUUGUGUUUUUUGGAAAAUGAAGAAGUUAGAGCUUUAUAACUAUAAUAUUAAAGAUCUUAUCUAACCUACAGAAACCUACCUAAUUAUGUGAAACAAGCAAAACUUUUUGAAGAAGCACCCCCUCUUUCAUGUACUAAAAUAACACUGAGAUUUUAAGAAAAAGCUGGAGAUUGUACAGCAUAAAGCUAACGCGAAGGCAAAACAAACCAACAUUGUCGUGAAGAAUAGGUUACACAAAAUCAACUCCAUUUGGUGCUGGAAGUUGCGACUAGCUGGUGGAAACUCCUCCCCUUAAUUUGUAUAUUUAUAAUCAAGCGCUGAUUGUGCACGACUGACCAGGAUUGUGAAAGAGUUCUUCUGUUUGUAUUUUUUUAAAGAGAACUUUUUUAGUUUAUUAAAUUAUGACAUGUUCCCUUUUGUUUUGUAAAUAAAUGUGCCCCCCCCCAAGUUCUUAAUGUUAUAUUAAAAGAGAGGGUCCUUCAAAAACAUUAUUUUUUAAAAACACAGAGGUGUUCUGACCUGCAACUUGACUGGGAAGCCCCUGGGUAACACAGGGCCUGCUGUGGCCUUUCCUUGAUGUGACACUUGAACUAGUCGAUUUUUUGAAGGCUAUAACCUAACCUCGACUAUUUGUUGUUAUGUGCAAUACUGUUUGUACUGUUUGUAUAAAAAAUAGAAAAAAAAAAGAAAAGAAAAAAGGCAUAAAUCUUUAUUGCAGAUUUAUUUUCAUUGCAAACUUUAGACAUUGUGAUUCACUGAGAUCAUUUUUCUACUGUCAGAUAUGUACCUUUUCUUCAUGCUGGUAUUUUUUCAAUAGUAAUGUAGCCUUUGUACUGAGAAAUUUUCAUUGUUAUUUUUAGAAAGAUUUUUUGCUAAGAAAAAAAUUAAACAUAUUUACAUAUUUUUCAUUUUAUUUCGUAUUUUCUUUAAGGAGUGCUUUCUCAAUCAUUAAUAGAGUUGUUUCUGGGAGGGACUUUCAUAUCUGGUCAAUGUCAUAAUAUUAUUUUCUAUUUUUACUUGGAAUAAAUUAAUUUUAUGAUGCUAAUUCUUUAAAAGUUUAUUUUUUUCAUUUUCAGUUAUUUUUGAAGCUAAAACCUUUGUAAUAUUGUUACUAAAGUGUCUAGUUUUUUGAAAUGCAAAGCUUUAUGUAUUAACUUGCUGAUGUGGUUUACAAUAGUGUGACAACGGUGAAAAUGGUUGGUUAUGUAAAGUGAUUGGAAAUGUCUUGGAGAAUUGGGUAAUAAAAUGGCAGAAUGAGCACAACA